CCCAAAAGUACUUGAGAAAAGGCAGGUUUUGAAGAAGUUGGCUUCCAGACCUGUCAUUCCCUCGAACAUGUAAAGAAUCAGCUUAAUGAUCAUAAGAUCUUCCGACCAACCCCCCAACAACGACCGGGCUUGUUAGGCCCUCAAACAAUGGCCGAGGAGGAGGAGGUGAUGAAGCUCGGCGCAUACUGCGCUGCUGUGCGCCUGGUGGAGGAUGCGGCGUCGGAGAUACUCCUCUUAUGGGCGCUUAACGACCCCACCGCCCGUCGGCACAACUUCUUCGUCCGCCACGCUGACGUCACUCUUCCCAUUGAUUCAUGCGGCCGCCAUCUUUCCAUCCUUCAGUCGCCGUCCUCCAUGAGCACGCCAGGAGUGACGGGGGCGGUGAUGUGGGACAGCGGAGUAGUCUUGGGGAAGUUCCUGGAGCACGCUGUUGAUAGUGGGAAGCUGAGUUUGAAGGGGAAGAAGGUUGUUGAGCUUGGUUCAGGCUGUGGAUUGGUUGGAUGUAUAGCAGCUCUGUUGGGAGGGGAUGUGAUUCUCACUGAUCUUCCUGAUCGGUUGAAGCUGUUAAGGAGGAAUGUGGAAAGCAAUUUAGGUGGAGGAGGUGUUCGAGGAAAUGCCGAUGUAAAGGAGUUAACUUGGGGGGAUGAGCUUGACUCUGAAUUUAUUGAUCCUUUGCCUGAUUUCGUUCUUGGCUCAGAUGUAAUCUACAGUGAAAGUGCUGUCAUGGAUUUAUUAUCUACAAUAACACAACUCUGUGGAGGUAACACAACGAUUUUUCUUGCUGGAGAACUCCGAAAUGAUGUUGUGCUAAACUACUUCUUGGAAGCUGCUAUGGAGGAGUUUACAAUUGGUUGUGUUGAUCAAACACAAUGGCAUCCUGAUUAUCGCAGCCAUCGGGUGGCACUAUUUAUUUUAGUAAAGAAAAUCACGAAAUUGGCUCCGCAAGAUCUAGAUAACAUAUCAGACAGAAAGAAAAGCGAAGAAAUCAAUUGAACUCAUUGCAAGUUUUCUUUCUCGAAGUUGUAAGUAUCGGAAUCCUGGGAUAUUGCUGUAUUUACAAAAAGAGCUGCAUGCAUCAUCAGUUUUAAGAAAGGAAUUGGAAUUGUUGAAUUUCCUGAAUUUGCUAGCCCUGAAAGGCAGAUUUUUGUUUUUAAACACAUUUGUUGAUCCUGUAUGGUGAUUGCAACACUCAUUCUUCAUUGUUGUAAUGUUGUCUGUAUCAUCAGAUAAAAUAAAUGAAUGGAUAAAAUGUUCUGGAGAAAA